AUGAGAGGCCUAAUUCAUUCCAACAAUGAUAAUAUAUCCAAUAAUGACAAUACCAAUAAUUACAGUGGCGAUACUAAUCUAAAUGGGGGCGCCAGUAACUAUGGCAGCGGGAACCCCGAAUCAAGCACUACUGAAUCCAAUAACACAGACACUAUUAAUAGUAAUGAUUUUAGAAGACGUUAUAAUUUGAACAUUGAAGAUUUGAUCCAACGUCUAUUGGACGCCGGUUAUUCCGGAAAAAGAACGAAGUCUGUCUGUUUAAAAAAUUCCGAAAUUGCUCUCAUCUGUUCGGUUGCUAGAGAAAUUUUCCUCUCUCAGCCAACUCUUCUAGAGUUGAGUGCUCCUGUUAAAAUUGUUGGUGACGUUCAUGGCCAAUAUAUAGACUUGAUCAGAAUUUUUUCCAAGUGUGGGUUCCCUCCAGCUUCAAACUAUUUAUUUUUGGGUGAUUAUGUCGAUAGAGGCAAACAAUCGUUAGAAACAAUUCUACUUUUACUAUGUUAUAAGAUUAAGUUCCCGGAAAAUUUCUUUUUAUUAAGAGGCAAUCAUGAAUGUGCUCAAAUUACGAGACAAUACGGGUUUUAUGACGAGUGUAAAAGAAGAACAAACUUGAAGACGUGGAAGCUUUUUGUUGAUACUUUCAACACUUUACCCAUUGCAGCAAUUGUUGCAUCCAAAAUAUUCUGCGUUCAUGGUGGGUUGUCACCUGUUUUGAACUCGAUGGAUGAAAUCAGAAACAUUAGAAGACCUACAGAUGUUCCUGACUUCGGUUUAUUGAACGACCUAUUAUGGUCUGAUCCUGCAGACUCGCCAAAUCAAUGGGAAGAUAACGAACGUGGGGUCUCGUACUGUUAUAACAAGGUUGCAAUCAAUAACUUUUUGAACAAAUUCCAGUUCGAUUUGGUUGUUCGUGCCCACAUGGUUGUUGAAGAUGGUUACGAGUUUUUCAAUGAUAGGUCAUUGGUUACAGUUUUCUCUGCUCCCAAUUAUUGCGGUGAAUUCGAUAAUUGGGGUGCAGUUAUGGGUGUUAGUGAAGAGUUGCUUUGUUCUUUCGAGCUAUUGGACCCAUUGGAUAGUGUUGCACUCAAGAAUCUAAUGAAGAAGGGUAGAAUAGAAAGAAGAAAUGCUAUGAUGAACUAUACUAACUCUCCAUCCAAAUAA